AAUGGCAGCUCCAAAGACAACCACAGAGAUCGUUUUCUUCGACUUAGAGACGACGGUGCCGCAGAAAUCCGGCCAGAGGUUCUGGGUGAAGGAGUUCGGCGCCAUCGUCGUCUGCCCUCGCAAGCUCGUGGAGCUCGAGAGCUACUGCACCCUCAUCAGGCCGGGCGAUCUGUCGGGCGUGGGGGCCCGCCCUGCCCGGCCCGAUGGGAUCACACGGAAAGAGGCCGCAGCGGCGCCACCCUUUGCCGAGGUGGCCGACGAGAUAUUCAAGAUUCUAGAUGGGAGAAUCUGGGCGGGGCAUAAUAUUCAGAGAUUCGAUUGUGUUAGGAUCAAAGAAAUGUUUGGUGAUAUUGAUAAACCUGCGCCGUCACCUGCUGGAAUCAUUGAUUCUUUGGGAGUUUUGAGGGAGAAGUUUGGGAGAAGAGCUGGGAAUAUGAAGAUGGCGACCUUGGCUGAUUAUUUCGGUCUUGGCGAGCAGAAGCACAGGAGCUUGGAUGAUGUGAGAAUGAAUUUGGAGGUGUUGAAGCAUUGUGCCACCGUGUUAUUUCUGGAAUCGAGUCUUCCUCCAAAUGCAUUGAAUUGGCAAUGGCAGACAAAUAGCCCCAAUGUCACAACAAGAAGUAAAUCCUUAUUGCAAUCGUCUAGCCCAACUAGUUUGAAUAUAAAGGGUUCAGAAAAGACGAGUAGAAAAUCGCCUCCAUCAACUUCUGCAGGAUAUCAGAGGGCUGUACCUUAUGCUACAGAAAGUCUUGGAAAGAUGACUGCUAGAGUGAAAAAUGUAAUAUGCAGUAAUCUAUUGAAGCAUUCGCAAUCAUUGAUUAGGUGAUCAAGAACAAAAAUUCUUUAGUUUUUUUUUUAUUAGAUUUAGAAAGAUAUUAGGGUUGAUUACUGGCGACUUCAUCUCCCAUGAUUCAUUGAUUCUUUUGUAAUAUUCUGUACAUAUGUAAAAUCUCAAACAUAUUGGUUAUUGCAAUGAUUAAUUUAGGUGGAUCCUA